AUGGAGGACCCGUCGCCAGACGACGCAGGGCAGAAGACGCCUUGUUGUCGUCGGCCGACGGUCGCGUUCGUCGCGGUGCCCGUGGGGUGCCCCAUGCGCCGCUUCACCCGCAGCUGGCUCGGCGCAUCGAGGGCAGCAUCGUCGACCACCGCGCGCGCUUUCCGGCCGCCAGCCGGCAGCUUGCCGUGGGCUGCGGGUGCUCUCGCCGUUGGCUUUUGGGCUGGCUCCACCGACAACGAGCAAAGGAACAGGAGGCUACCUUCCGGCUUCAACGCGUGCGCGUGCUGCGACGCGCGGCCGCUGACAGACGCGCAGCAGGCGCUCAGACCAAAGCUGGAGGGCAUCGUCGGCUCGGGAAACGUGUCUCAUGACGUCGAGCAAAACGGCGCACGGAUCGGGCUGGGCAAGGCGUUUUGCGUGGUCAAGCCGGGGACGAUCGAGGAGGCGCUCGAGGUGCUGCAGGCCUGCGUCUUAAUUCAUCAUGCGCUACUUCUUAAAAACUGA